UGUACAUUACGUACAUGAAUCUGUCAGGUUCCAUUAUGAGUGGUUGCAUUGGAUUCGUCGUAGGAUGGAAUUCACCAAGUAUUGUAAUAUUAAUGUCUGAAGACUCGCCUAUUCCAGUCACAGCAUCAUCUGUUUCUACAUUGGUGGCAGUUGUGGCUGUUGGACAUAUGUUAGCGCCACCAAUUAAUAUUUUUAUCGUUGAUAAGUUCGGCAGAAAAAAUACUCUGUUGUUUAGUGCUUUACCGCUCUUAGUCAGUUGGAGUUUAAUUACUAUCGCAACGUCUAUUUGGGAACUGUAUGUGGCAAGAUUUCUGGCUGGAAUAACACUAGGAUUAUUUAUCUGUGUCGCUCCAAUAUACAUAGGUGAAAUAUCAUCACCAGAUACGCGAGGCGCUGGAGGUUCUCUGACGACUAUCAUCUAUAACAUCGGUAUUCUUGUAACCUUCAUAGUUGCACCGCAUCUUUCAUUAUCUGCAAUGGCAGGAGCUUUCCUGAUCAUUAACAUUGGGUUUGUAAUUAUAUUCUGGUUUAUGCCAGAAUCGCCGUACUUUUUCGUAAUGAGGAAUAGAAUAGAUGAAGCGGAAGAAGUUUUGGAAAAACUGCGGGGCAAAUGUGACAUUUCCGAAGAGCUUCAAACGAUCAUCGAUUCCCUUUCGAAAAAGAACAAGCAAUCAUCGAAAAGUGGAAAUUUGAAAGAUAUUUUUACGUCGAAAGCAAAUUUUCGUGCAUUUCUUAGUAUAAUGCUGUUUGCAGUGACGCAACAUUUUGGAGGUUUCUUUACGAUUCUGACAUAUGGUCAAUUGAUUUUUAAAUCAAUAAACAAUAUAAUGUCAGAUUAUGUCGUAAAUGUUGUAAUUGGUGCAGUACAACUUAUUUCUGCUCUUGUAACAACCCUGCUAGUCGACAAAUUUGGUCGCAAGCCGCUAAUACUUGCGUCAGGUGUCAGCGCUGCAAUUUGCAAUUUCGUGAUCGGUUUUUAUUUCUUUUUAAAAGAAUAUAUGCACGCAGAUGUGCUAUCGGUUUCAUGGAUCCCAUUUAUAUCGUCUCUUAUAUUAAUUUUCACUUUCAAUUGCGGCUUAUUAUGUUUACAGAUUAUUCUAAUGUCAGAAAUCUUUGCAACUGAGAUUAAAGCAAUUAGCACAUGUCUCGUCGGUGUAGUCGGCGGAUUGCUUGCUACAUUAGGAAGUAAACUUUAUAUAUGGAUAGCAAUAACUUUGAAUUAUGGUCAUUCGCUUCCUUUUUUUGUGUAUUUUGUAGUCGUAGCAGUUUGUACAGCAAUUAUAUUGCAUGUUACCCCAGAAACAAAAGUAAGAACAUCGACGAUAAUUUCCAUGUUAAUAAUGUUCCAUGUUAAUAAAAUAAGUGAUUCACGGAAAAUGUAUUCACGGAAGAAAAUAAACACUUAAUAAUAAGGUACAUGGCCAAAAAUAUUGUAUAACAGAAAUGUUCCAACAAAGGCUGUAGAAAUGAAAAUGCGAAUUCUCAACUCUUGUAAACAUAUCUGUAGAAAUAUAUAUUCGGAUACAAUAGAGAAAGAGAGAGAGAUAGAGAGUGAGAGAGGGGGAGGGCUGAACAUAGUUUUAGGCCUAAAUAUGUGUAUCUACUAAGUUUGGAGGGCAACACCUUAAACACACAUUAGGGUAAUAAAUAGUGCGAUUACAAUGUUUAUUUUGUUUUUGUAAUUCAUUUUCUGCGGACUACCACCUCAAUCAUUUGCUUGCGAAAUUUUCGACCAGAUCAUUUCAAGCUCGUGGUACGAGAGAAGGUCGGAUGCACUUUGAUUUCUUCCUUUUACUGAUAAACAAAAAAAUAUGUUGUUCCGGUUAAAAAAAAGUUACUAUUAGUAAAAUCUCAGAAGAUAUGACCUUGAAAUGAUCUUAUAACCUAACUUCCCCUGAAAUACGAUUAUGUUUUUCCGAAACAUUCUUUUGUAACGUGACAAACAAGAAAGUAAUUCAGGGUAAAAGAGUUAUGGCAUUCCGUGUAAUAGGUAAUCUAUUUUAGCUAUAUUGUAAUGUGUAAUAGUUGCUGUAAUGAUAAGAGAGUGAAUUUGGAGUAGUCGAUUUGAUUUGUGAACUAAAUUUUAUUUGUACAUGCGUAUUAAUAAAGAACGGAAUUUAUAAAGAACAGAAAUCAAUCACUUAUAGAAAGGAACUCGACCAACAUGUAACGAAGAAGAAAUAUUUGUGUAAAGUUCGUUAAUGUACAGUGCUGCGGAAACAAAUAUAUUUCUAUAUA